AAUGGAAGACGCUCAAACACAACUUUUUGUAAACGUCCACGAAGAGAUUACAACAGGUACUUUCUGUGACAUACAAAUUGUAUGUAACGAUGGAAAAACAACCGGGAGCCGUAUUGUACUUGCGGCGAUGUCUCCGUACUUCCGGGCCAUGUUUACAUCAGAUAUGUUGGAGAGUCAGACGGGCAUCGUGAACCUACCGACAAUGUCGUUGUCAGUGUUCCAAGAUAUCAUUAAAAUGUCUUUGUGUGGAAUUAGUCUGGUGAAUGAAAAGAACUGUGUUAAAGUCUUAGACUCUGCUGAGAUGAUGCAACUUCACCACAUCAAACAACUUUGUAACAUAUACCUGAAAGAACAUCUGGUACUCACUACAAGAAACUGUCUACAUUGGUGGAGACUUUCGAAACUUUAUAACUUCCUCAAUGUGUCCAACAGAGCAUUUUGUUAUUUGAUCAGCAACAUCCCUGAUUUUGUUAAAACAGGAAAGAUAGUCCAGCUGUUGAAGCCGGAGCUUUUGGAAAUCAUUUCAAGCAAAGAUUUAAAAUGUAAAGAAGACACCGUCCUCAGAUGCGCCAUGAAAUGGAUUGAACACAAUAACCCUGAUCCGAAUGACGUCAAAGAGAUUUUUGAAAAUGUGCAACUACAUUUUGUUGAUCCAAAGUUUCUGAUUGAUGACGUUGUGUUUUCAGACAUUGUUUGUAAAAACAAAUCUGUCCAGGCAAUGGUACAAGAGGUGCUGCAUGUGCGACUGUAUAGUCGAGUUACAGAUCGUUCGAGGGUCAGUCCGGACAUGUCUGUCUUCGUCCUUCAUCGUAACAACAAGUCACUUCUGUCUCGUUUCACGCCAGACGGCAAGUGGGAAGACGCCCCACCAGCUCCAUUAGAUCCUGGGUCUUGGUAUUCGGCAGCAAGUCUGGACGAGAAAAUAUACAUCACUGGUGGCAAUAUCCGGAAGAAAUGUACAUUAAUUUACAACACAAACAGAAAGCUGUGGACAAUAGGUCCAAAUCUCAUAGACGACCGCGGCUGGCACUGUGCGGCCACAGUUGACUCUAAAGUGUACGCGAUAGGCGGUCGCUAUAGCAAUACGAUAGAGAUGCUAGCGCACAAUUCAAGACACUGGCAGGUCACUGGAGAUUUGGGAUUGAAACGGUUGUACACUUGUUCUGUUACAGUUGACGAGAACAUUCUCAUUAUGGGGGGAAGGAAUGACUGGGGCUCGUCAGAUGUUAUCCAGUGUUUUAACACCCGAUCUCACGCUGUCAGUAAGCUGAACACAAAGUUACCUUGUACCUCUGAGUCACUAAGAGGCUUCAAAUUGCUUCACCUCCCAGAUGUUUAUCUCCUAGACAACGACGGUCACGUGAUGCACCUCCGGGUCACCAGCACGGAGGGAGAAAUCGAGAUUCAGAUUAAAUCUAAAGAGGAAUGGAAAUCGUUUAAUUAUUAUUUUGGUGUCACACAACGAAACGGACGCUUGCUGUGUUUCACUGCAGAUGGGAUCAGCGCAUUCAACCUCAGCCAACGUAAAGAAGAACUGAGAACAUUUCCUUCGCCACCUAGGUGUGCUCAUGUGUACGAUGUGUGUGUUAUGGGGAACACUUAGCCGAUGGAAGUUUUAAUGUCUGAUUUGUGGAACACAGUGCCACGAAGGGAAUAAUAAUGUGUGUGUGUGUGUGUGUGUGUGUGUGUGUGCGCGUGUGCGUGUGUGUGUGUAGAACGCGAUAUGGUAAAAUGAACAAUGUGUGUGUGUAGUAUAGAACAUGAUGUGGUGAAGUGAAUAAUGUGUGUAUGGUAAAGAACGCAAUGUGGUGAAGUGAACAAUGUGUGUGUGUGUGUGUGUGUGUGUGUGUGUGUGUGUGUGUGUAGCAUAGAACAUGACCUGGUGAAAUGUGUGUGUGUGGUAUAGAACAUGACCUGGUGAAAUGUGUG